AUGUCCCUCCCAACGCACUUCACCCUCAACACAGGUGCCAAAAUCCCCUCCGUGGGCUUUGGUACCUGGCAAGCCAAGCCCCUGGAAGUCGAACAAGCCGUCGAAGUAGCUCUGAAAAGUGGCUAUCGACACAUUGACUGCGCAGCCAUCUACCUCAACGAGGUUGAAGUCGGAAACGGGAUUCGGAAAUCGGGCGUUCCAAGAGAAGAGAUUUUCAUUACUAGCAAGUUAUGGAAUAACGCGCAUGAGCCGGAGGAUGUUGAGCGUGCGCUGGAUCAGACAUUGAAGGAUUUGGGAGUGGAUUAUUUGGAUUUGUAUCUUAUGCAUUGGCCUGUUGCAUUCAAAAGCGGCGACAAGUUCUUCCCCCUUGACAAAGACGGUAUCUUCCAACUCACCAAUACCGACGUCGGAACAACCUACAAAGCCAUGGAAAAGCUCCUCUCAACUGGCAAAGUGCGUGCAAUCGGUGUCUCGAAUUUCAACAUCAACCGUCUUGAAGAUCUGCUUAGCAAAGUCGAUGUAGUACCAGCUGUGAAUCAGAUUGAGGCUCAUCCAUACCUACAACAACGCGAUCUGACCGAAUAUUGCAAAAGAAAGGGAAUUCUUGUCCAGGCAUACUCACCCUUGGGAAACAAUCAAACCGGUGAACCGCGCACAGUCGACGAUCCCGUAGUCCACGAGGUCGCGAAGCAAGUUUCUCUAAAUCCAGGUGUCUUGUUGGUUAGUUGGGCAAUUCAGCGUGGGACUCUGCCACUUCCCAAAAGCGUUACACCGUCUCGGAUUGCAAGUAAUCUAGGGGUUAAAUAUCUUCUCGAAGAAGAUUAUGCUAGACUAUCAGGAUUGGAGAGGCAUAAGAGGUUCAAUUUCCCGGCGAGAUGGGGGACCGAUAUCUUCCACGAGAUUGGUGAGGAGACUGCAAGGAAGAUUGGGGAUGCUGAAGGGCCGCGAAAUCUGAUCAAGUUCACUACCUGA